GUGUUUGUGAGAUUGUAGAGCAAGCAAUGGAGGCUGGGGGACGAAGCAUUGCAUCGCCAAGGGCGGUUCUGAUGCUAACAGUGGCGGUGCUGUUGGUGAUGAUAUCGGGAGUUUCAUCCACAAGAUUCAUCGUUGGAGGUAACAUGGGAUGGACUACCAAUGUGAACUACACCGUUUGGGCCAAAGGCAAACACUUCUACCUCCAGGAUUGGCUCUUUUUCGUGUAUGAUAGGAACCAGAUGAACGUGUUGGAGGUGAACAAGACAGGUUACGAUCAAUGCAUAGAGGAUCAUCCAAUCCAUAACUGGACAACAGGAGCAGGUAGAGAUGUGGUUCCACUCAAUGUGACAAAGCGUUACUACUUCAUCAGUGGCAAAGGUUUCUGCUACGGUGGCAUGAAGAUCUCCGUGCUUGUCGAAAACGCUCCACCUCCUCCAUCGGCAUCUCCACUGAACGAAAAGAGUGGAUCUCCUCCAUCCUUUAGUAGCUACAGAGGCCACAUUGUUUUACCAGCUGCGUUCGCCAUUGCUGCGGUUUGGGACUCCUUCCUCCGUUUCUGGUAGUAGUAGUAGUACUGGCUUACUGAAC